AUGAUGUUGGUAGAUGACUUUGGUAUAUGGCCGAUCGCCGCGGCGCUGGUUAGCCUCUUUAUUGGCAAAUGCCUGCUAACCAUAUAUUGGCAUCCAUUGAGUCGAUUUCCCGGGCCUAUACUGGCCCUCAUCGGGCCGUUCUACGAGUUCUAUUAUGAUGUUAUCAAGGACGGGACAUUCCUCUGGGAAAUUGAGAGGAUGCAUCAAAAAUAUGGCCCAAUCGUCCGGAUAAACAGAAGGGAGCUGCAUAUUCGCGACUCGGAAUUCUACUCCCAGAUAUACGCUGGAAACAGUCGAAGGAUCGAUAAAGAUGCACCAACUGUUCAGGCCUUCGCCGUGCCCACCUCCGUGGCGGCUACUGUCAACCAUUACCACCAUCGUGCACGCCGCGGCUAUCUCAACCAGUACUUUUCGAAGCGCUCUGUCGGCGAUCUCGAACCAAUCAUCCGAGAGAGAGUUGACCGGUUAUGCGGACGCUUCAAAUGUGCACUGCAGACACAAGAGGUGAUCAGCUUGGACUCGGCCUUCUCCGCUCUGACAGCGGACAUCAUCACCUCCCGCCUGUAUGGAGAGCACUUUAACUAUUUGGGGCUCGAAGACUUCAAAUUCGCUGUCCGGGAGACCUUUGAAGGCAUGUCGCUAGUGUUCCACCUAUCUCGAUUUAUCCCCUUCUUGAUGGCAAGUCUCAAGCUCCUCCCAGUCGCGAUCAUCAGAUUGAUAAUGCCGAGUGCGGCUGAUCUUCUGGAGAUUCGCGAGGACAUCAAGCGCAAUCUCCUUUCUGCUCUAGACACCAAGAGCCAGACUCAGUCUAGUAGAUCAGUAAUUGCAGCUGCGCUCAAAGAUCCACAGAUUCCGCAGGAGGAGAGAAGCAUUGAUCGUUUGAUGGAUGAAGGGACCACUAUUAUUUUCGCUGGGACGGAAACUUCUGCGCGAGCCCUGAGUGUGGCCUUGUUCCAUUUGCUCGACACCAAGUCACAUCUGAAGAAGCUGCGAGAUGAACUCAACUCUAGCUUGGGGACCCGAGCGAGCAAAGAAUGGACUCUCUCCGAUCUAGAAGCUCUUCCAUUUCUGACCGGCGUCGUGAAUGAAUGCCUUCGCUUAUCCUUUGGUGCUGUUGGACGUCUUCCGCGGGUAGCCACGCACGACGCACUGCAGUACAGGGAGUAUAUAAUUCCACCCGGCACUCCUGUCAGCCAGUCUACCUACUUUGUCCAUACAGAUCCAGCAGUAUACCCCGAUCCAUUUGUCUUCGAUCCCGAGCGAUGGAUCAAGGCUGAGAAUGACGGCGUUCCGCUGGGAAGGUACCUAGUCAGCUUUACCAAGGGAACACGCCAGUGCCUUGGAUUAAACAUGGCGCACGCCGAACUCUACAUUGCUAUCGCUAGGGUCGCGCAUGCAUUCGACAUGGAGCUUUACAAUACAACUAAAGAUGAUAUCGAAGUUUAUCAUGUCCGCUUGGUAGGGUAUCCAAAGAAAGUGCGUGGGCAGUCACCAGGAAAGGGCCAGGUCAAAGUCAAAGUCACCAACAUAACGGAAGCUAAGGCUGAAGAAAGCUAG